AUGAACGUUGGUGAUCAUGCAAUUCUCCAGCGGGGGAAGAUUUACUACCAUAUUGUAAUAGAAGAAAUAGAUAGUAAGCAAUCUAUUUCAGUUCGCUGGUUUGGCUACGAUCGGCUCUUCGACGUUCACUCUGGAGAGCUCAAUGAGUUCAGGAUAGAAUUUCUUUUGGCACACCCAGUGAUGUACAGCAAGAUGUCCAGGAAGUUUGUGGCACGCGUACUAAAAUCGGUUGAAUACCAGACCAAUGGAAAGACGCUUGUCUACUUUAAAGGAGAGACUAUCCCUGCAUCGGUAUUCAGAAAGCUAAGCCAGGAAGAGCGCAACACCAUGCCUCUUCAAGGAGAGAUAGACUACUCUGCGCUGAGCCCCGAUCAGGCCGUCAAUGUAUUCUUCAUCAAGCCAACCACCCUACCGUACAGUCGCACUGCCAUGGGUCAAUCGUCUUUUUCCUAUGAGAGCAUUCGGCGCGAGACUUGGACAACCAUGGUGCAUCCAGGAGACUCUGUCGCCAAGAGUAACCAGGUUAUGGGGAACGGGACAGCCUCAGAUUUGGAUUGCAAUAACAAGACGAGCGUAAUUCUUCCACUAGAAGUAUCUCACGUGUUGAUACAGCGCACAGCAAAGCUUAACAGAUUGGAGUAUUGCCAUAUCAAUCCCGAAUGCAACGGGGCCGAGCUCAUGCCAACAGAUCUUCUUCGGCGCUUGAUCUUCAGCGAGUACAUGUGUCAGAAGAAGAGGGUUCUCAAGCUUCCAGCACGCCACAGCAUACUUUCCAUAUUGGACCUAUUUCGGACCGAUCCUCUAGACAACUCUGCCAUAGAGCCAUCCAAGCUUUUCUUCCGGAGCCUUUUUGAGUCAAUAGUCUUGAAGCAGUUCGCAGCGAUGUACGCAAAUGGGUCUCUAUUUUAUGAAAACGAGGAGCCCCUCCUCUACUUUUGCAUGGACACACAGUCUUUGAAACAAUUCCAGUCGUCAAAUGACGCAUCUGUGCUGACUAUCUUUGGUGCAGAUCACCUGCUUCGUGUUCUAAUACAGUUUCCAGACAGAUUGAAGGAAAUGAACACUGACAUCAACUACCUUCUGAGUCGCUUUCUCCUCCUAUUGGACUAUCUGGCCGAGCAUCAAUACUUCUUUGCAGAAGCUUCGGACUACUGUGACCCUCGGCUCUGUGGUGAGCAGGAGCUGAAGACAAAAGUAAAAGACUAG